AUGGAUCGCAGGCGAAUUCUUAAGGAAGGGUCCAUAUCUUAGAUAUGGUAUGUGGAAAUUGCCGAGUUGGUGAUAAGCGCCGUUGUCGUCUAUUUGGCAGUCAUGAUGCUGACCUUUGCCAUUGUGGUGAGCAAACGAACACGUGGACGCAAACAUCGAAGCAUUCAGGAGGGUUGUCUCAUGGGUGGUCGUAGAACUGCCUCUUUCGUAAGUGCUCCUUAUUUGAUAUUGCAACGACGAGCGAAAUCUGCAAAAUUCCAAUAA